GUGUACUGAAGGCGGGCGAGUAGGUCCGGGGCCUGGACGGGUCGUGGCUUACGUACGCCGGAGAGGCAACGGGAACGAGGGUUGCUGUUGUAUCAAGCAGCAUGGCUGAACCCCAGCAAGUGAGCUCCCUGCCCCUUCCACCGGCUCAGUACUACAAGGAGUACACUGAUGAAAAUGUGCGCAAGGGCUUCACCCCCAAGCCCCCGCCUCCCAUCCGGGACAGCUACACCAUGUUCGGUAACCAGUUCCAGUGUGACGAGCUGAUCAUCCGGCCCUUGGAGGGCCAGGGCAUCGAGCGGCUGCACCCUCCGCAGUUCGACCACAAGAAGGAGCUGAAGAAGCUGAACAUGUCUAUCUUGGUGAACUUCCUGGACUUGCUCGACAUCCUCAUCCAAAGCCCUGGCAGCAUCAAGCGCGAGGAGAAGCUGGAGGAUCUCAAGCUCCUCUUUGUGCACAUGCACCACCUCAUCAACGAGUACCGGCCCCACCAGGCUCGUGAGACGCUGCGUGUGAUGAUGGAGGUGCAGAAGAGGCAGCGCCUGGAGACGGCUGAGCGCUUCCAGAAGCACCUAGACCGCGCCCUGGAAGUGAUCCAGAGCAGUCUGGCCUCCCUUCCCGAUGACCUGUCCGAAGCUGGACACCUGCUGUCCAAGGUCAAACCGGAGCCCGUGGACAUGGAGGAUGGUGGUGGGUGUGCGCAGCCGGACGCUGCGACGGACCCUUCAGCGAAGGAGGAGGAAGUCAGUGACCAGGACUUGGCCAUGUGCGCUAUCAUUGACGACAUGACGUAGUGGCAGGACUACCGAGGAUGUGGCACCAAAGCUGUUUCCACGCGGGGGCAGCUGCUUCAAAAAUGACUGAUGUGCGUAGGAUUUCUGUGUGGUUGUUUGUGGUGGUCAAGAAUCGGUUAAACCCUGCUCUGAGCUGUGGUGGGGUUUAGAGUGGGGACUGGGGGAUGCUCCCUGCAGGG